UCUUUCUUUCUUUUCUCUUUAUUUUUUGUUAAAUUGUACUAUGGCUGAAGCUGCACAAAAACCGCUUCCUUUUGGUUUUCAAUUUCUAGCUGGCGCUAUUGCUGGCGUAUCAGAAAUCUUGGUGAUGUAUCCUUUAGAUGUUGUAAAGACAAGAGCUCAAAUUAGUACAGGUUCAAAUACUGGUAUUGUUUCUACACUAAAAACAAUGGUUAAAACCGAAGGUCCUCGUUCACUUUAUCGUGGUAUAUUACCGCCUAUUAUGGUCGAAGCACCAAAACGUGCUACCAAAUUUGCAGCUAAUGAACAAUAUACAGCUCUUUAUAAGAAAAUGUUUGGUUUUGAAAAAGUGACACAAUCCUUGUCUAUCUUAACUGGUGUCAGUGCAGGUAUGACGGAAGCUUGUUUGAUUGUUCCGUUUGAAUUGAUUAAGAUUAGAAUGCAAGACAAGGCCAACAUUGGUAAAUAUAAUGGUACUGCUGAUACUUUUAGAAAGAUCAUUGCUGCUGAAGGUCCUUUAGCAUUAUUUAAUGGUUUAGAAGCAACCAUGUGGCGUCAUGCCGUCUGGAACGGUGCUUAUUUUGGUUUGAUUUUCACAGUGAAAGAUGCUUUACCAAAAUCAAAGGAUCCUAAUCAACAACGUAUGACUAAUUUUGCUGCUGGUACUGUUGGUGGUAUUGUAGCUACUGCUAUUAAUACACCUUUCGAUGUUGUAAAGACACGUAUUCAAAGUUACAAUGGAGUUGGCGUUAAAAAAUAUAAUUGGACUUUACCUGCUUUAGCUACUGUUGCUAAAGAAGAAGGAGUCGCAUCAUUGUAUAGAGGUUUCUUGCCUAAAGUUCUUAGGUUGGGUCCUGGCGGCGGUAUUCUUUUGGUUGUAUUCGAAACAGUUUCUAGUUUUAUUAGAAAAAAUAUUUUAAAGGAUUAAUAUAAUAGACAAAGAGCUUUUUUUUUUUUUUUGAAACAAAAUAAA